AUGCAAAUUGAAACUAAUUUUUCAGGCGAAGAUACACCUGAAGAAAUUGAAGAAAAUAAUUCUCAAGAUGAACAAGCCUUUGAAAUUUACUACUACCUUUCAAAUCAAAUAGAUCCACUAAAUACAAUCAAAUAUACAAUUAAGAAAUUUAACUAUAAAAAUGGUGUUUUAUAUUAUAAAGGGUUUGAUUAUAGAGCUGAUCCAUUUGAAAGAAUUUGGAUUGCAUUUAAUUUACACUAUAAGAUUAUUAACAUACAUCAUUCACCAAAUACUACAUUACAUCCAGGAGCUGAAGUGACAUAUUUAGAAAGGUUUAAAUUUAAUUGCUUGUCAAAUACAAUAUUAAUUCAUAUUAUAUGGUUCAAUCGUAUAUUAAGAAGUCUAUCUUAUAGUGAAACAUACUGUCGUCAAUAUAGUUAUAUAUAG